GUGGUAUUAGAUGCCCAUGUAUUGUGGUCCUGUAGUAAAGCACGGGAAGGAAAAAGCCCCACGUCACCAAAAAGGGAAAUUUUUCUUGGCUUCGAAUUCCUCUCCAGUAUACGGCGUUCCUCACGAUAACCGCCGCAAGAAACACCAAAAAUACAAGCCAGCUCCCAGAUCAACCAGUAGCAAUCAACCUCUCAAGAUCGACAGACUCACUCCCGCUGCAAGCUCCCGUUCGCUAGCAGCCGAGAAAAAGAGAACCCAAAGACAAAAAAAUCCCCACACCCCAUCAGCCACAGGUGACCAGUCAAGAAAGCUCCCCGCAGUUCACGAGGGCAUCAUUCAGACCAAAGCACGGCCAUAAACCUGUACUCUGUACAGCGUACAGGACCAUCGCAAGCAAGGAGUCAAUCGCGAUAGCCGCGAUCUUUCGCGUGAUCAAGGGUCAUUUCCCCCNCACCAUGCAUACAUUGAAAGCAACCGCCGCGUCGUCACUGUCGCUGCCGGCGGAGAACUACAUCUACACGAUUGCGGCCUCGGCACCCGGCAGCUUUGCCGCUAUUAGCUCGGAUGACUCGCUGCGCGUCUUUGACGCUGCUAGUCUCGAUCGCGUCUCGGUGAUCUCCCCGAAGACCCACGACGCUGGUGUGACCUCGCUGCGGAGCUAUGCCGCGGGCGAGUCGCCGCUUUUGGUGACUGGUGGGAGAGAGGGAAAGGUGAAGCUUUGGGAUGUGAGGGCUGGUAAUGCAGUUUUGGAGGUUGAAACGGCGAGACACGCCCCCGUGCUUUCGGUGGCUUGCAACUCAGAGACCAACACGAUCGUGGCGGGAACGGAGCUCCUUUCUUCACAGGCUGUGGUGGCAUUUUGGGAUAUCAGAUCUCCACAGGCACCAAGGCUUCAAUAUGUAGAAAGCCACAAUGACGAUAUCACCGAGCUUCAAUAUCACCCGACUCGCAGCAACAUCUUACUAUCCGGCAGCACGGACGGUCUCGUCAACGUCUAUGACACCACCAUUACGGACGAAGAUGAUGCCCUUGUGCAAGUCAUCAACCACGGCUCCGUCCACCACGCAGGUUUCCUCUCCGAGCGCACCAUCUACGCACUCAGCCACGAUGAACAAUUCUCCGUACACCCGGCUACCGACCCCGAUGAUCCCGCACAGGAACCCGAGCCCGUGCAUUUCGACGACGUGCGCGAGCCGCUAGGCUGCGAGUACGUCGUGCAAUUGUGCCUCGGUGCACAGGGGCCGUACAUUGCCGCUGGUAACAAGAUGGAGAAACGUUUGGAUCUGAUUCCGCUCGUGUCAAGCCCGACAUGGCAGUUUGACCGGGACAAUCUCUGGCGUCUACCCGGCGCCCACGGUGACGAGGUCGUGCGAUCGGUCUACUUGGAUGAACAGAGUCAAUCCGUCUUUACUUGUGGCGAAGACGGCUUUGUGCGGGCGUGGAAACCGGUCGAUGGGAGCGACGAUGAAGUUUCGAAUCCGGCUGGUUCUGGAAAGAUUUCUCGGCCCAAGGAGAAGAAACAAAAGGACCGGUUCAAACCGUACUAGUCCUGGUACACGUCGCGGGUACUUGCAGCUCGAAUCGUGUAGCCGUGGGAGUUUUGGCGGGAUAUAAAAAUAGAUAGCAACAUGAAUUGUUUUUCUUUAUUUGCUCUUCUUUUAUCGUUUCCAACGGGUAGAUCUUGAGACUAUCCAAUUAUGUACAUGCAAAAAAGAAACGAUAUAUCCUUUCGAGGUUGGAAGACGAGAUCCCAAAAUCC